GUACGGGAGCUGGUCCUGGAUAAUUGUCGAUCAGUCGAAGGGAAAAUUGAAGGCCUCACAGCUGAGUUCGUCAACCUGGAGUUCCUCAGUUUGAUAAAUGUUGGCUUGAUGUCUGUGUCCAAUCUACCCAAACUAGGAAAACUGAAAAAGCUGGAGUUGAGCGACAACAGAAUCAGCGGUGGCCUUGAUGUUUUAGCAGAGAAACUCCCCAACCUCACACAUCUAAACCUGAGUGGCAACAAAUUGAAAGACAUCAGCACGUUGGAACCGUUGAAAAAGCUGGACAACCUGAAGAGUUUGGAUCUGUUCAACUGCGAAGUAACAAACCUCAACGACUACAGAGAGAGCGUCUUCAAGUUGCUGCCCCAGCUCACCUACCUGGAUGGCUACGACAUGGAAGACAGGGAAGCCUCUGACUCCGACGGCGAGGUGGAAGGAGACGGCGUGGAUGAGGAAGACGAAGAGGAGGAAGAAGAUGAAGAUGGAGAGGAGGAGGACUUUGAUGAGGAUGAGGAUGACGAGGAAGACGAUGAGGAAGUAGAAGGAGAGGAUGAUGAUGAGGAAGUCAGUGGUGAAGAUGAGGAGGAAGAAUUUGGCCCAGAAGGAGAAGUGGAAGAGGAGGACGAAGAGGAGGAUGAAGAUGAAGAGGAAGCAGAAACCAACAAAGGGGAGAAAAGAAAGCGAGACCCAGAAGACGAGGACGACGACGAGGACGAUGAAGACGACGAUUGAAAGCAAAACUGAGGAGGAGAGCCUACCGAGUCACCCUCUUUUUACCGCCUCCCCACCGCCACGAACCCGAACGUCCGCCCCUCCAACAACUCGCACCGCCUUCGUAAUCCACGUCUCCCCCUCCUCCUCGCUCUGCGCUCUUUUUAUGGGCAAGACUGUACUGACGGGUGGGCUCAGUGGAGCUGCCCACCCUUCUCUUCUUUCUUUUUUUUUUUUUUCUUUUCUUUUAUUUUUUAACCCCGCAAGGAUCUGAGAGCCACCUAACACCCUCCACCUCACCCCACCCAUGACCCCCGAGGUUCUCAGGCAGCCCGUCACUCAGCAUUCCACAGUUUCACUCGUCGAUCCCUCUUUGUUUUCCCGUGUGAGGACUUUGGGACUGGUAUCUAGUUUGGGUCUGUGUUUUUAAUAUUUUGUUGGAUGAAUAAUUUUUUUCUUUUGUUGUUGUUGGGUUUAUUAUUUCUCUUUUUUUUGCGUGUGUCUCUUAAUUUUUAUUUUUCUGUUCCUUUAUUUUUUUUUUCCCAAUAAAAUUAUUACUAUAGCAGCUGUGCAACCAGCAGGCCAUGGUUUUUAGUGUGGCAGCCUGUUGCACAAAUCAAGGUUGUAGCUACAUUUUUACUUUCUGUAUGACAAAAAAAAAAACAACUUUGUAAAUAAAAUGUUAACAUUU